UUUCCUUCUUCUUCUUAUACUUGUUCACCCACAAGCAAAUUUGUUACCUUUCUUACGAAACUGAAUUCACAAUCUCAAAGGGUGUCUAAUUCAUGGAUCAACAUAACCAUACAGACACCGACCAGUUUUUGACUCUGGGCUCCACCUCGACCGAGCCUGAGCCGCACACUCCGAAGGAAGUGCUGCUGCAUUCCGGCACCGACAACGACAGCAACGUUGUUAGUGCCAUUAACGUUGCUUCUGCUUCGGAGCUUGCUGUGACCGUAGCAAGCGCCGAUGCUGUAGGUUCGGAACAGCCGGGGGUGAAGAGAGGGAGGGGGAGGCCUCGGAAGAACGACGUUGUUGGGAGCGCGGUGUCUCCGGCGACGGCGCCGCCGGGGUAUUCCGAUAGCACCGCCAGGAGAGGCAGGGGACGCCCUCGUGGUUCUGGGAAACUGCAGAUUCUAGCCUCCAUUGGUGGGUAUAUUGCAGAAACAGCUGGAGGAAGCUUCAUACCUCACGUGCUGACUGUGAACCAUGGGGAGGAUAUGGUUGGCAAGAUAAUGUCAUUUUUUGACAAAGGCCAUAGAGCAGUUUGCAUACUUUCUGCUACUGGUGCUGUUUCAACUGUAGCCAUUCGCAAACCUACUGAUUCUGGUCAUGGUAUUUGGAGAUAUGAGGGCUACUUUGAGAUAUUAUCUUUAUCUGGAUCAAGCAUCUAUGCUUGUACCUCUACUGGUCCAAUUCGUAAAACUGGCACGUUGAGCAUUUCAUUGGCUAAACCUGAUGGGAGUAUUUUUGGAGGUGUCGUUGAGAGCACAUUGAUAGCAGCUUGCCCUAUUCAGCUUGUUAUGGGCACAUUCAAGCAAAACAUCAGUAACCAAAUCAAGAGAAAACAGUUGUCUGAAUCUUCUAGUGGGCCCAUUGUGCUGGUUAAUCCAGAUUCAGAAAGGGAUAACCUGAAAGUUCUAAAGUUGACACAAGGUGAACAGGGUUGUCCUUCACCACCAACAACAGCAACUAUUGAUGAUAAUGUCUUUCCUGCCACAUCCAAUGGUGUGACAGAUAAUGUUACUCCUUUAGAUCACAAUGUGCAGUCUGCCUCAGUUAAUGGUGGUGAUUUGGAUUGCCAGAGUCCACAGCCUGUAACAGACCAAAGGACUUCUGCAGAUGUGCAUGCAAGUGUGACAGAGUUAUAAAGUUAUGUAAUAUAGCCUCUUUUGAGUUUUCAUUGUGGAGAACUAGUUUUGUGCUGUUGAUAUCAGUGGUCAAAAUUUUCUAGUGUCUGACUGUGGAAAAUUGUUCAUCUAGUUUUGGACUAUGUGGCAGAGAA